CCCCUCAACCCCCUGUGUGUGUGGUCCGACUUUUCCUAUGUCGGAUCCUCCCGUCCACUCCUCCCUCCGCCGUCCCCUUCCGUUCCGACGUGUCCUCCUCUCGCCUCUCCAAUUCCUCCCGUACAUUCUCUCCUCCGCCAACACACGCGAGCGAUUCCUUCUCCCGACCUCGUCCCUCUUCCGAUUCUCCGUCUAUAUUUUUGUCCGUCUUGUUGUCCUCCGCUCGCACACACACACACACACACGCUGGUGCCGUGUACUGUUAAUCGAUUCCUCCACCACAGCCCACACCACACACCCUCGCAGCCGCUGCACAUCGUGGUCUGCUUCCCGGUAGUGCCACCAAGCGUCUCCGAAUCGAGGCGAGACGAUCAGCAAUAGACGUUCGCACGAGCCAACAAGCGAACCCGUUCGCAUCCUCCCGUCCAAUUGAGCCGCCACCGAUCAAUUGAUUGCCGCGGCUACAUACAUACGUACACCAGCAGUUGCGGAGAUUGGGCGCGUCGGGUGCCGCUCCAAUCCCAACGCCGUGCGUGCUGGUCCCCGCACGGCGCAGCGCGGCACGGCACAGCACAGCGUAUCGCAUCACCAGCGCCAGCGCCAGUGCCAGCCCGCCUGGCGCGGACAGUUUGCUAGGUCGCAAGUUAGUUAGCUGGGCGACGGCCGGCGCCGGCGCAGACACCAGCCCGGAACCUGGAAGACCAGCCCUGCCCUGCCAGGCCUGCCAGCCGAAUCCAGGCAUCCUCCAAGCCGCAACACCAAUCGCCAAUCCAUCCCACAUCAGCGCCAGACAGACAGACGCACGCCACGCCACAUUACCCCUGACGCACACGCGCACCGCAUUGGACAUUCCGAGAUCGAGCCUUGCCUUGCCUCGCCUCGCCUUGCGCACCUCGACGAGGGGACCCCCCGCCCUGGUUUGAGCCACGCAGCUGAACCCUGAGAAAUCGGCUCGUCGGCCACCACCACCACCACCGACGCCCCCCAGCGCGCGUACGCACGCGCUGAAGCGCACCACCACGACACCCCCGUCCGCCCGUCGUCGCCGGCGCCAUGCCGCACCAACACCACAACCAUGCCGCCCAGGCACCGAUGCUGCCGCCCACCUCUCCCCUCUUCAACUCGGCCAUCUUCUCCCCCGCGUCAUCCUCCGCCCUCUCCUCGCGUCCGACCACGCGCGACGGUAGUAGCAUCAGCGUCGACUCCCUACAUCUCCCGCCGCAGUCGCCUCCGCCACCCGUGCCCUCGGCCGGAGCCGUUCCCAUCCUCGCCCGCGAGCCGCGCAAGUCCUCCUUUGGCGCGCGCAAGGUCUCCCUAGGCGUCUCUUCCUCGUCCUCCUCCGCCGCCGCCGCCACCGCUCCGACCGCCCGUCGCAGGGGUUCGUCAACCACGUCGGUCGGCAGCGCCGCCUCCUCCAACGCUGUCGUGACCGACGCCGCCGCCCCGCCCGCCCUGCCCGACUACGCUCUCGCCGCCGCGGCCAAGAUCCAUAGCCAGGGCCAGAGCCAGGGACGCAGUCCCGUCAGCCCCGACGGCGGCGGCACCGGCAAUAUCAGCUACGCAAGUCAGGCCGCUGCUCCCCCGGGCUUCGUCCCUCUCUACAGCCGCUCCGCCACGGCCUCCUCCUCCGCCUCCGGCAUGGCCAUGAUCGCUCCACCUACGCCCCUGACCGGGCCCAGCUCCCUGUGGCAGCCCAGCGAGGCCAGCGCCAUCCACCAGCACAUUGCCGACGUGGCCACCAAGCGCAUAUCGACUCUCGACUACCUGCGCAAGGCUCACGAAGGCCGCGUCUACUGGUUCAACACGUACCUCUUCGACAAGCCCGACCUCGCCCGCAUGCCCUGCUUCGACCCCCGCCGCCUUGCCCGCAAGGCCACCAACUACCUCCUCCUCGGCCUCUCCAUCCCGACCAUCAACGACCUCUACUCCUCCACCCCGCUCGAGUUCCUGCGCUCCCUCAAUGCCUUACUCUCCGAGUUCGACUCCUUCCAGCAGAUUCACCACUCCGACUCCUCGGCCGCCUCCUCCUCCGCCUCCGCUGCCGUCAGCCUCACCCGUGCCCGCCUCCCCAACAUGUUCCGCCGUCCCGGCGGCGGCAAGUCGCGCCGCUCCACUUCGGCGGCCGACUCCCCCGACGACUACGGUGGCUCGGCCGGCGGCUUCGGCAAUGGCGGUGGCGGCGGAGGUGCGGGGAAUUCGUCCAACGGCGGCGGCUCGGGCAACGGGUACGCGCACGCGGGGAGCGGUGGCGGCGGCAGCGCGGGCGGCAGCGCCCCAGCCGUCAUGAAUUUUGCCGCCUCGGAGUCGGACCUCCUCCCCGGCGAGGAGUACACGUACCUGCUCACGCCGUCGCUGCCGUUCGAGCCCGACUUCUUCGAGACGUUUGCGACGCUGUGCGACGUGCUCAUCGACUGCUACUCGCGCUUCCUCGCCCUCGUGCCCACGCCCCGCGAGUGCUCCGGCCCCGUCGCCGAGCUCUUCUCCAAGGCCGACACGCGCCUGCGCAAGAUCAUCGUCCAGGGCGUCGUCAAGGAGUUUGAGGACCACAGCCGGUCCCACGUGCGCACCGAGGUGGCGAGCAUCGGCAAGGUGGUGCUGGGGGGGCUCAUGUGAGGGCGGUGGGAGGUGCGCCCCCCCCCCCCCAACACUCCCCGUCAUGUGUGCUCUCUGGUCUUGAGCGUGACUUUUUUUGGUCAGUUUUAUAUGGUGAGGUCUCCUCGAUUUCAUGUCUUUUUGGCGACAUUGCUAGCAGCUGGCUUGGAGUUUUUCUGUUGCCUUUGUUUUUGGGUUCAUGAGCGCAUAUAUGGGGGUCUUCCAAGUCAUACACUAUACCUAUACCUAUACCUUCGCGGGACAUGUUUAUCAAGGGAUGGGUUGCAGGCGCAUGCGUGCGUGCUUGCAGUCAUGGAGCGGGUACUCGGAUCGAUGGCUGGCAUGAUGUGCCAGUGGCUUCAUGUACACUAUCUUACAGGUUGUGUAUUAUAUGUAUGCAUAUAUACGCACGCGUGGACGCUAUGAGCGUCAUGCUAUACUUUUGGUGUUUCUUCAUGCACAUGAGGAGCGAAAUGCUGUACAUCAUGUCCGCUUUGGCAGUCGUAGAUGUGUAUAGGUAGGUACGGGUUGUGUUUUACCUUGGUAGCUGCCGUCUGCUACUGUUGCCGCUACUGCUUGUACUACUCCCGAUUAUUGGUUCUGCUGUUGCGAUCUUGGCUUCUGCCACUGCAAUCAUUGCUUCUGCUGCUGUUGCUGCUGCUGCUGCUUGGCUUCCUCCUCGGCAGCC